CACCUUGCAAGACUCAGACAUGAAUCAUUUCUGCAGCGACCACCAUCGUCGCCGUCGUCGUGCACUAUGUUAUCCACUACUUACUCAUCAGCUCGCCGGGUGUCAGCUCGUCGUCUACAAUGUCUUCCUCGCUCAUUAACCACCGACUCCACCACUUCUCACACCACCCUCCCUCCACCGCCUCCCCUCUCAAAGCCAGAGACAAGCAAGUCUCGUCAGUCACGAUUAUAUCCCCGCCCACGCCCAGCCGUUACCCAUCAGAGACAAGCACUUCCAACUCUUCCUGCAAGCUUCGGGCGGAACCAAGUCCUGCCAGUACCUGACUCCACUCGAGCCCUUCUAGAAGACAUCGUAGAGUCAUUUGAUGCGCCCAUUCGAUAUGCGUUUGCAUAUGGAUCUGGCGUUUUUGAGCAGGCUGGGUAUGCGAAGCAGAUGGACAAGGAAGAUAGGCCGAUGCUGGACUUCAUAUUUGCGGUGACACAUUCGGACCAUUGGCACUCUAUCAACAUGCAACAGCAUCCCGGUCAUUAUCCCCUACAUGCACGCGUGCUAGGAUCGUCGUUUGUCUCCAAGACGCAAGAGAUUAGUCCUGGACUUUGGUUCAACACAUUUGUGCCAAUGAAGGGGGUCACUAUCAAGUAUGGAGUGACGACCGUUGACACGCUCUGUGCCGACCUGCUUAACUGGCGCACACUUUAUCUCGCGGGGAGAAUGCACAAGCCUCUACGGAUCAUCAAAGACGAUGCACGCGUACGACUGACUCAGCAAGUCAACCUCACCUCCGCUCUCCGCACCGCCCUUCUCAUGCUCCCGGAAUCCUUCACGCAACGCGAACUAUUUUCAGCCGUAGCAGGGAUCAGUUAUUCUGGUGACCCUCGGAUGGUGCUUCCAGCUGAGAAUCGCGGAAAGGUGGAGAAUAUGGUUUCUCGUCAGGAGGACCAGUUUCGGGAGUUGUAUUGGAGGCUUGCGCAGGGCCUUCCUGGAGUUCGGUGGGCGGCGGGUUCGAAGAGCGUGGAGCAGGAUACCAGUCCGCAUGCGAGAGCAGCGCACCUUAAGAAAUUGCCGGAAGAGCUCUUGAGGCAUGUUCAUAGACGUGCCGAGGGGCGUGGUCCUCCUAGAGAAGCGGAUGAAAGCGCUUAUUGGCUUCGCAUCGCAGGCGACAAGGAGCUCCCCUCGAUUCUCGACUCGGAAAUAACCAAGAUCGUGCGGUACCCAGCAACUGUCCAGUCAUUAAAGGGCAUAGUAAGCGCCGGCGUGGCUAAGAGUACGCGAUACUCCAUAGCCAAGAUCAAUAAGUGGUGGAAAGGGACCUCUUUUUCCAGUUCGUCAUAGUGCGGCGCAUAUACUCAAGGUAACCCAGCAACUUCAUAAUGGUAAUACCACAUAUCUCCACUCCUACUCAACGACAUAGACCCCAUCCUAUCCUUUCAUCCGUCGAAACAGGAACAUCUGUAGCUUUAUGGUAUAGCUAAGUAUUACAGGAUUGUUUGUAAUGUACUUUGCCUAGUCGGGCUCACGAUCUUUGUGUUGAGGUAUAUAUUUAAUUGUCAAGAUCGCAUGUUUACCUCUUGAAGUCCACCACGCGCUGGAGCACGGUCGCUGGAAUCCCUCCCUUUGUUAUUGCAUGUUGAGAUCGGUAGUCGCGGUAGAUGCCGUGACACUAUCACGACCUUGACUGCACCGCGGCC